UUUCAGGAAGUGUGGGAGAGACUACAGCAGAAAUCAAACAGUACAGACUGUACAGUGACGAAACUACUGAAAUGUAGGAAACCUGGACCAAAUAAACGCAUUUUUGUUUCAUUUUUUUUGCCAAUUUCAAGGGCUUUUUGUACAAUUCCGUGGAAUUUGUGAGUUCCUUCUGACAAGUUAGGUGCAGCCUCUUAACGCCAGCAAGCAUCAACACAAGUGUUGAACCAGGGGACUAACUGAGCCGGUUAUCAGCAGAUAUCUCCUCUACUGCAGAGACCACCGCUGCUUUUGUUCAUGUUAAUGCGCUCAUAGUUGAUCGUUCUGGGCUGCUGCUGUAACAUUAGCCCCCUGACCGGCAGUGUGUGUAGCUGUGCUUGUGAUGGCGUGGCAGUAGCUCCGUCUUUGUCUGGGUGAGGACUGACAGUGAUGCUCGGAGAACACGGACGUUCCUCUCCAGUCACCAAGAGGAGCCAGAGGAGGGUAAACUCCGUCUAACAGCCUCCUCGAAGGCUGACAUCUCCUCCUGUCCGGGCGUCGAGCAGCAGCUGAAUAUGGACGAUGAGGUGUUGGAGCAGAUCGUGUCCGUGUUUAACGCGCUGGUGUCGUGGGUCGCCGCCGGUGCCAUGGUGUUCGGAGGGGUGGUGCCCUACAUCCCCCAGUACAGGGACAUCCGAAGGACCCAGAACGCAGAGGGCUUCUCCACCUACGUAUGCCUGGUCCUCCUGGUGGCCAACAUCCUGCGGAUCCUCUUCAGAUUUGGCCGCUACUUCGAGACGCUGCUACUGUGGCAGAGCAUCAUCAUGAUCGGCACAAUGCUCAUCAUGCUGAACCUGUGCACCAACGUCCGCAUGGCUACUGAACUCACCACCAAGAGACGCUCCUUCAUAGCAACAGACAGUAAGGACGAGGAGAUCAGACUCCCUAAGAGGCUCUUUCUGGACUUUGACUGGAGCUACUUCUGGUCAUGGAGUCGCUUCAUGGACUACGUGCAGUGUGUGCUCUCCUUCACACUGGUGGCGGCCUACAUCACCUACCUCCUCCUGGACUCUGCGCUGUUCGUGGAGACCCUGGGCUUCCUGGCUGUCUUCACAGAAGCAAUGCUGGGCACACCACAGCUCUACUGCAAUUUUCAGAACAAGUCCACAGAGGGCAUGAGUAUCAAGAUGGUUCUGAUGUGGACCAGCGGGGACACCUUUAAAACUGGCUACUUCCUGCUCACCCAGGCUCCUGUGCAGUUCUGGACAUGCGGCCUGCUGCAGGUCUUCGUGGACAUUGCCAUCCUGUUUCAGGUUUAUUACUACAGCCGCUACCCCCAGAAACCAGUGUCCCACACUGUAUCCCACACCACCAGUGCCAAAGCCCUCUGAGAGCCUCUGCAAGAUCGUCGAGGACAAAACGGCAGUGAGGAAGCACUUAUAGCAGCGCUGUGGAAAUGUAUAAACAUACACGACUACCAAAGCACCUUGAGAUGAUGCAGGCGGCUCAGCCUCACCUCCCAGUAUACAUGAAGACACAUACACGCUCAUAAAUAAGGCAUAAACAUACACAGACACCAAGUGAUGUUGGUGCCUGCGGUGAUACCUGAAGGUCGCUUGUCACACACAAACUCUUUGUUUUAUUUAUUGUCCUAGUGACUUCCUAAUGCAGUGGAAUGCAUGCGUCUGGGAAUGCAGACUUCUCAAAGAAUAUCCCUUGAAUUGACCUGUGCAUGUGGAGAAUAUUAUGCACAUAUAGUACAUGAAAAUCCAGCAAAUCUAAACUGCAGAUGUAUGCUCCGAAAUCUGUGCUCAAGGAAACGUGGACCAGCUUUCGCCGUCCACAUACGCUGAUGAAUGUUGCAUGGACGUUCUGCCUUAAUACACACACAUCCAUACAUGGCUUGUUGCGUUACCAGCAAUAUAAAUGUUAUGAAUCAAUCAGAAACUCCUUGUAUACAACCUUACUGAAUGUACAAAACGGCAUUUGUUGUUUGGUUGUUUUUCCAACACAGUGGAGAAAUGCUGGUCAGACUACCACUUGUUGAACAGAUGGUCACCAUGUGCUGAGACACUCAGUCCUGUGGGAUGAAAACUGAAGAAACAGAUGCAGUUUAUGUUCAACAAAAGGAGAAUAGUUCCAAAGGUUUGGAGAUGAAAUGCAUCGACUUACUAAAAAAAACAACUGAACAGAAUCAUUAGUGGCCUUGAGCUUAGCAGAGGGAUGAGAAAGGGGAACUUUGUAAGACAAUGCCAAGGUUUUUGUACUUAUCUUGCUGAUGACAUUUUGUAUAUAAUUUUCAUCAUUCUCAUGCCACAAAUUUCAAAAAUCAUAAAUAUCUGCUCUGGUUAGUUACAAAGUGAAGCGAGGACAAUUCACCGUGUGUUGAUUUCAAAUAACUCCUGCCUAUACUGAGGGUUUCCUAUAUGAAGCCACUCCCUAAGUGUACAGAAGUGUUCCCACUGAGAUCUGAUACUGAGCUGUUCCACAAACCCAACACAGAAACAUGCUUGUGUAGGUUGCUAGCUACUUACAGCUAUUGUCUGUACAGUCUUAGCAUUUCUGCAUGGGGCUAGCAGACAGAUAAAUGCUAAUAACUCCAGGAGAAAAUUAGCUCUGCAUUCACUCUGAACACAUCUUCAAGUUGACGAUGGCAUUUAUAGCACAGUAUCACCAUGAUUUAAUGAGUUUGGAAACCUCUGGUCUGUUAUUGCUGCAUUGAUGCAAUACUGACAGACUGUUAUUCUGAGCUCCGAGGGUUCAUGCAUUGUUCUUUAAAGAUUAUUUUUAGGGGCAUUUUGUGCCUUUUUUUACGAGAGAUGGUGGAGAGAGUCAUAAAAGGUGGAAGAGAGAGCAGGGGAAUGGAACCAGAGACCUGCUGCUCAGAGCACCAGUACUAAUGCAGUUCACACCCCAACCACUCAACUGUAGCGCUGUCACUACAGUUCAUGCAUUAUUCUAAUUCUGGAAUAGUUGACAAUAUUUGCUACUUCGGUUGUGUGCGUUUGUCGCUUUGCUAACAAGUGAACCAGAUAUCCUACUUGGUCAAUAAUUUAACAUAUGCAGAAAUUCAUUUUUCCAUACCGUAAAAUGGCUAAGCUGUUGCCUUUUGUGGAAUCUAUGAAGUCCCGCCUCUUUCUCCACCCACUCAUCCCCACUCGCUGCAGCUUGAGCACACCAGCUCACUUAAAACGUCACUUAAAACUACUCUACACUACACAGUUGCAAUUUGUAAUGUUAUGUAAUGAGUAAUUGAAGCAUACAUGUUUGAACCAGAAAUCAACUAUGAAGAAGAUUAGGGAUUUUACAAAAGGCCCGCCUUACAAGUUGGCAGGUUUGUUCUGCGUGAAACCUGUCACUGGUACCAUAUUAAGGUGGAAAUGCUCAGCCAUGGCAUCGAGUCUUUAUUUCACACAUCUUAUAGAUAAUAAAAAACACAGCAUAUUCAUAGGUAAGAAACUUGAUCUUUACCAGAGGACAUUUUAAAUGAGCUGCAAUUAUGUUAAUACUGAAUUUUCUUUACUCAUUGACUUUGGCAAUUCUUAAACAGAUGACCACAACUUCCCUUCAACAAGUUUAUUCAGUGGAACUGUCAGUUACAGCUGUCAGCCAUGAUGAUAUAUACUACUGUUAAAAAGUUUGGGGUCGCCCAGACAAUUUCACGUUUUCCAUGAAAACUCACACUUUUAUUCAUGUGCUAACAUCAUUGCACAAGGGUUUUCUAAUCAUCAUGAAUUAGCCUUUCAACACCAUUAGCUAACACAAUAUACCAUUAGAACACAGAAGUGAUGGUUGCUGGAAAUGUUCCUCUGUACCUCUAUGUAGAUAUUCCAUUAAAAAUCAGCCGUUUCCAGCUAGAAUAAUCAUUUACCACAUUAACAAUGUCUAAACUGUAUGCCUGCUUCAUUUAAUGUUAUCUUCAUUGAAAAACUGCUUUUCUUUCAAAAAUAAGGACAUUUCUAAGUGAUGUCAAACCUUUGAACAGUGGUGUAUGUCCUGUGUUUAGCAUCAAAUAACCCAAAUAAAAGCAUUUAUGACAAAUUCUACAACCAGCCACCAGGGGGCAAUCUAUUAUUUUGACUUUGCUGUAGGGGAUGCUGACAUGUCAUCCAUCUUUAUAUUUACAAUUUGAACAAUAAGACCUGGAUGAAACAUAGUUUUUGUAAUUUAACGGCCUAUUAUUCCUUUCAGCAAUAAUAACAUUAUAUGCACAUUAACUGGCAACAUUUCUAUGAGUGCAGUGGUUGGACUUACUAAUAGAAGUGAUGACCAAAGCUCAAGUUGGAAUGAAGCAGAGUUAUUCUUAAUAGAGAUGAACUUUAGAGAUUGAUACUGAUGAAUAUGCUCAAUAGGAAUCCUCCAUUUACCUCCAUCAUAUUUGCAGUAGAUAGCACUGACUGGCAAGUUUAAAAUUCAUUCAAAUGUGACAGCAUUCAGUAAUAUUACCGCUCACGGCUCUACUGUACGUCACUGCGUGGCGCUCUGAGCAGGCUGUACUCAUCAUGGUUGUGAAUUUCCUGUUCAAAACGACAAACAGCACCGGAACACAGUGAGGAAAUUUUCUUUUUUAUUGUUGUUUUGUAAUUUUUCUCUGGGGAGAGGAUCAGUGCCAAACCAGGAGGUGUCCGACUGUCAGCCCUUCACUGGACUGUGUUCUACAGCAGACCUGAUUCUGUCCUCCUCCUCAAAGCCUCAAGGAAGGGAAACUUCCCUUUUGUUCUGCUGGGAGAUAGUUUUCUAUAAAGAUUUUUUUUUUCCUCUUAACUAUUAAAAUAAGACAUGGUGGGUAAUUCCUUUGUUUCUUAGUAACUGAAGUGCACUCCUUGUGUUUACAUCUACUUAGCAGCCCUAUUUAUUUUGUUAUCAUUUUUAUAUUAUCUUCCAGUGCCAGUGUAAGAUAUCGUACGUCUGUUCUUUAUCCAGACGGUGGUGAGCAUGACUGUGUUGUGUGGAUAAUGUGUGAUGCCUGACAGGUUUUUGUUGUACUGAACAAGAUCAAAAAGAGCUCAGAGUUCCACAUUUUUGACUGUUUAAUUCCAUGUACCUGAUUAUUUUUCUUACUUUGUUUUCUGUCCUGUGGUUCAUUUAGUUUCUAUCUGAAGGUGUUUUCCCAUAGAAACUGCCAGGUUUUGCAUUGUGUUAUAUGUGAGCCCUUACCUAGUUUAUUAAUGUACCAAAAAUGUUUUUUUUUUAAUGCUGUUUUCUUUUUUCUAUGUGCAUCUAUUGGUUUGUAUUUCUUCUUUUUUUGAACUGGCAGUCCACCUCUAUCACACUUGAGGCUGUUUAAACACUCACUACUGUCGAGAAACUAACGUGACACUGUCACCCAAUAAAGAGGACACACAGAGA